AUGUAUUUGGCUUUGCUUAAAAAGUUUCACCCGCCAAGACCUGAUUGGUACGAGGAGUUCUAUGCUUCGGUUAUGAACUCGGCUGCUAAGGAUUAUGAAGCUGAGGUUGCGAUGUAUAAGUCUCAAAUCUUCAGUAACUUGAAGGGGAAGGGUCUAAGAAUCUUGGAGAUUGGCAUUGGAACUGGUCCCAACCUCAGUUAUUAUGCCAUUGGUUCUGAUGUAGAGGUUGUUGGCAUUGAUCCAAACCAGAAGAUAGAAAAGCAUGCUCGGUCCUCGGCUGUGUCGGCUGGAUUGCCUCCUUCAAGUUUUGAGUUUAUACAAGUUGUAUGUAUGAUUAUACUAUUAAGUGAUGCUUUUGUUGAUGUAGUCGUUGGAAUACUUGUCUUGUGUUAUGUCAAAGAUGUUGAUAUGACAUCGAAAGAUAUCAGUGUUGACCCAUUAGGGGAUAAUGUGAACCCUAUUAAGUUAAUACGCUAUAAGAAGACUAUGGUUCUCAAUAUACCGAGCCGUCACAUAUAG